UAGGCCGAAGUUUUGGGCAGUGGUCACAUGACAAGCGACGGUAACGUGACUGUAAAGAAAUGGGAAGUUCGUGACUCACUCUCACAGGGCUGUUAUAACUUUAUUCUUUUAACAAGAUACGGACCGUUGUUCUCCGCUACAAGACAAUUAUUGUCAAAUAGUGUGGAUAAAAGUCAGUCCUGUUUGCCACUGGUGUCGGUGCACUAUCAGCAGGUCAUGGGAUCUAUGUUCCGGAGUGAAGAGGUCUGUCUGGUGCAGCUCUUUCUCCAGUCAGGAUCUGCUUACAACUGUGUCAGUGAGCUUGGAGAAUUGGGAAUAGUAGAGUUUAGAGAUUUAAAUCCAAAUGUUAACGCAUUCCAGAGGAAGUUUGUGAGUGAAGUGAGGAGAUGUGAAGAGCUAGAGAAAACGUUUGUGUUUCUAGAGCAGGAGAUUGUUCGUACUCUUUCUCAGACACUGCAGCCACCCAUUCCAACCCCUGCAGCCCCUCAGCCCAGAGAACUGCUCACCAUAGAGGAAGAGAGUGAGCGCUUAGCCCGCGAGCUUAAGGAGGUUUCCAGAAACAGAGACAGCCUGCGAGCUCAGUUCACCCAGCUCGGUCAGUACAGAGGAGUUUUGAAACGGACACAUUCACUGACAGCAUCACAGGCCCCUCUGGGCUCGUUCGACUCUGUGGGUCUGGCAGAGAACAGACAGGAUGUCAGGCUGAGCUUUGUGGCAGGCGUAGUUCACCCGUGGAAAGUUCCCGCAUUUGAGAGGCUGCUGUGGCGUGCUUGUCGUGGUUACAUUAUUGUGGACUUUCAUGAAAUGGAAGAGAAACUUGAACAUCCGGAUUCUGGCGAGGAGGUGCAGUGGACUGUGUUUUUAAUAUCAUUUUGGGGAGAUCAGAUCGGCCAGAAGGUGAAGAAGAUUUGUGAUUGCUUCCACACGCAAACAUUUCCUUAUCCAGAAAAUCAGACAGAGAGAGAGGAAAUUCUGAAUGGACUUCGAGGAAGAAUCGAGGACAUCAAAUCAGUGAUGGGACAGACCGAGCAGUACAUGCAGCAGUUGCUGGCACGAGCCCUGGCCCGUCUCCCUGAGUGGCGUGUGCAGGUUCAGAAGUGUAAGGCGGUGCAGAUGGUGCUGAAUCUCUGUAGCCCGUCCGUAACUGAUAAGUGUCUGAUUGCGGAAGCCUGGUGUCCCGUCAGCCAGCUGCCUGCCUUGCAGAGUGCCCUAAGAGAGGGGGGAAGAAAGAGUGGCAGCAGUGUGGACUCAUUUUAUAACCGCUUGCAGGCCAACACCUCUCCCCCCACCCUGUUCCCCACCAACGCUUUUACUGCAGGUUUCCAGAAUAUAGUUGAUGCGUAUGGAGUGGCCAGCUACAGAGAGGUCAACCCAGCUGUGUACACCAUAAUCACUUUCCCCUUCCUGUUUGCUGUGAUGUUUGGAGAUGUUGGUCAUGGCCUGCUAAUGACAUUAGCUGCACUCUGGAUGGUGCUAGAGGAGAAAGAUCUAAAACUGACGAACAAUACCAAUGAGAUCUGGCGUAUGAUGUUCGGAGGUCGAUAUCUAAUUUUGUUAAUGGGCUUGUUUUCUAUCUACACUGGAGCCAUAUACAAUGAGUGUUUCAGUAGAGGCCUGGCCACCUUCUCAUCAGGGUGGCAUGUCCUGCCCAAUGCAGAAUUCUACAACUGGACUGAGGACACUUUUAAAAGUAAUCAAUAUCUUUCACUGGAUCCAAAUAUCACUGGAGUUUUCACCGGUCCUUAUCCAUUUGGAAUCGAUCCGAUUUGGGGUUUGGCCAAUAACCACCUGACAUUCCUCAACAGUUAUAAAAUGAAGAUGUCUGUCAUUAUUGGGGUCAUUCACAUGACAUUUGGUGUGUGCUUGUCCUUAUUUAACUAUAUCCACUUUCGGGAUAUCAGCAGUGUGUUUCUGGUGCUAAUCCCAGAGCUGUGCUUCAUGCUCUGUCUGUUUGGAUAUUUGGUCUUCAUGGUCAUCUAUAAAUGGGUGGUGUACGGACCUAUGACCUCCAACUCUGCCCCCAGCAUCCUCAUUCACUUCAUAGACAUGUUCCUUUUCACGGAGAACAAAGACAACAAACCGCUGUAUGAGGGCCAGAUGAUAGUGCAGAAGGUUCUGGUGAUAGUGGCUGUUCUGUCUGUGCCUGUGCUGCUCUUAGGGAAACCAAUCCAAGAAUAUGUUGCAUACAGGAAGAAGAAAACUCAGCUGACAGGAGACAGGCGUCCUCUUCUAGCAGAAAAUGGCUCUAUAAACGCUCACCAGGGAGACAUGGAGACAGGAGAAGAGGAGGAGUUUGAUGCAUCAGAUGUGUUCAUGCACCAGGCCAUUCACACUAUAGAGUACUGUCUGGGGUGCAUCUCCAACACUGCCUCUUACCUGCGGCUCUGGGCACUGAGUCUGGCUCAUGCACAGUUAUCUGAGGUGUUGUGGUUGAUGGUAAUGGGGAUCUCAUUCAAGCAGCUCAGUUAUGUGGGCUCAGUUAUUAUGGUUGGUAUAUUCGCUGCAUUCGCUGUGCUGACCAUAUCAAUUCUGCUCGUCAUGGAAGGCCUGUCUGCUUUCCUGCAUGCUCUGCGACUUCACUGGGUGGAGUUUCAGAAUAAAUUCUACAGUGGUUCAGGCUAUAAACUCAGCCCAUUUGCCUUCUCAUUAAUAAUCUGCACCUCCUCUCUCAACUGACUUCAGAAAGAAUGGCAUUACUUUGCUGUUAGGGGACACAAGCAUUUUAAAGUGUAUCAUUCCUGCAUUUUUUUAUUUUGAAUUGAUUGCCACUGUUGGCCCUAUGUUCCAUAUAGUCUUCCAAAAUCAAAGGGAUGUUGUUGAGUUUUGCUAUGAAUCCAUAUUUAGUCACUCACGUGACAGUGAGAUAAAAGUAUUUUAGUUUUAGAAUUUUAAUUAAGUCUUGAGCAUAAAGGGGUCAUAAAUGUGUACUUUUAUGAUAAUUAUUUUACACUGUAACAAACACAAACUGUUUAUUACAAUAAUGAAAUAUUAAUAUAAUGCUAAAAAGUAACAUUUACAUACCUUGUCUUCCAUACUAUAAUCUUGAUUAACUGUUUUAAACGAAACUGUUAAAAUAAAUCUUCAGAUCAAGAGUUGUUCAGAUGGCAUAUCAAUUUGCUAGAUAAAAAAUUCUUUAUUUACAGCUUAUUUAAAGGGAAUAAUCUUAAAUCCCUGUGCUUUGAUGUUUGCUCUUUUGUUUUUAUGAUGCAAUUAUGUUUUAACUUUUUGAGCUGAAUCAAAAUGCUACAUGUGAGGCCUUGCAGUGGUAUUUACCACAAACACUAUCAAUAAAGAACAAAUAUAAAACA